UGUGACUUCGCACAAUUCAAGUGUCUGUCUGUGCCAGGUUUGUGUCAGCGUUGUGUUACAAAGUGCUUUUCUCUUGCAAACAACAAACCAAAUCCAAUCGUGCAACACAGCUUUCAUGAAUACCACGAAGAGCAGCGUUCUGUUAUAAACACUGAAGCGGAUCGUAAAGUUGAAUACGCAGUAAUAACUUUAUUUCUACUGACGCCUGGAUUUUGAUUUUUCUUGGAUCGUCGCGGGCUUCUGGUCCACUUUAUUGUAAAAUACACGACGUCUCGCAGUUUGACUACAAUGCUGUCGGGACACUGGAUAUCCGCCCAUUACAGACCGAGAGCCUAUUGAAAAUCUCAAGCAAGCUCGCUGUGUCGUCUCUAUUCAUUAAACAGCACGGUGCUGCAGGCGAAAGGGGGUGGACGCCUAGAAUCCAUUGCUGUGCACGAUUCAGUCAGGGCUCUGCAAGCGAGGAUCUCGUCCACAACCAGCUCUGCAGUCAGGCAGGCGCUGCAGUGGAAAGGAACUGCGUGCUCAAACCACACACGCUGAGUGCAGGGAGCAGACACCGGCCGGGGCAGCCUCUAUAGGAAAGGUAAAAAUUGAGGAACAGAACAAAAAUGUGUAUCCAGCCGGACAAGAUAACCCUUUCGAUUCCCGUUUUGCCCAAAAACGUGAUUUUCCAUCCCUCUGCUCUGCAUUAGCAGAUUGCUGUCAUAAUGGAACAGGCUGGACAUUUAAUAACACCGUGUCGGAGACUGGAGUACACAGUACGGAUUGUCGAGUGCACAGUGGAAGCUGUUUCCACCAGGUCCAGGGUUCGGAGCGGGUUCGGAAUUCGACUGCACCUGAGAGUGAAGCUCAGAAACCAGUGAAGAUAGCUCGCAUUGGUACCGUUUGGGAUGGCGAGUUGCUGAUGCACAAGACCUUCCAAAAUAAAAGGAAAUCAUAUUUUAUAUAAAUAUUACAAUAAUAAUAUGUUUAAUCACUAGUGGCCUAUUCUAGCCUGCAGAAGUGUAAUUGUUUAGUAGUUGUCAGAGCUGUCUGAAGUGUAGUCCUACGACUCUCUCUUUUUAUUGUGGGGAUACAAGACGACUGUGGAAGCGGAUAACAGCGGGCUAUUCUGGAGUCACCUGAGCAGAACUAACUCCUCCAUUCAGUUUGGCUCACACUAGCGUUCUGGAGACCGGUGACACCGUGGGGCUCUGCUCCCAGCGAAGAGAGCAUGGCGAUUGUUGACUGCGUUUUUGUAAUUUUGCCAAGAAGAAAGGUUUAGCGGUUUUGCAUUGCCUCCCCGCCUCCAUGGACCCAGGAACGAGAGCCCGACCGAGGGAAGCCCACGCCAGCCCCUCCCCCGCGGUUGCAGCCAAUGCCGAGGGAGACGCUAUUGAAGUGCUGGAAAGCACAGAUGUACUGCCUAUGGCUCCCGAAGAUCAUUGGAAAACUCUUUUCGAUCAGUUUGACCCUGAGAGCUCGGGCUACAUCAGCACGGAGCAGUUCCGGAGCCUUCUGAACACGUACGGCUCAGAGCUGGACCCCCACAAGCUUGCGGUUCUCCUAGCCCUGGCUGACAGCAACGCGGACGGGAUGAUCUGCUACCAGGACUUCGUCAAUCUGAUGAGUAACAAGCGCUCAAACAGUUUCCGGAGAGCGAUCCUGCAGGGCAACCGACAGAGGAAGAGCGCCGCCCUGCUGGAGGAACCUGGCCUGGGCCUCUCCCAGCGCCUCGUCCGCCACGUCGCCUACGAGACCCUCCCCCGAGAGGUGGACCGCAAGUGGUACUACGACAGCUACACCGGCUGCCCCCCACCCUGGUUCAUAAUCGCCGUGGCAAUCGUGGAGGUGGCUGUGUUUGUUUAUUAUGGGCUGCUGCUGGACAGGUGGGUCCUCCAGGUGUCUCACCCGCUCUAUCUGAGGAACCCUCUGGUGUACCACCCCCAGCUCCGAGCGCAGGCCUGGCGCUACCUCAGCUACAUCUUCAUGCACGCAGGGAUAGAACACCUCAGCCUGAACGUGCUGCUGCAGCUGCUGGUGGGCGUUCCCUUGGAGAUGGUGCACGGGGCCCUGCGGAUCGGCUUCCUUUACAUCUCCGGAGUGCUGGCAGGUUCCCUGGCCGUGUCGGUGGCUGACAUGACGGCGCCGGUGGUGGGGUCAUCGGGAGGGGUCUACGCUCUUGUCUCUGCCCACCUUGCCAACAUCGUCAUGAACUGGUCGGGAAUGAAGUGCCAAUUCAAACUGCUUCGCAUGGGGAUUGCAUUGCUUUGCAUGAGCGUGGAGUUCGGGAGAGCGGUGUGGCUGCGUUUCUACCCCUCGGUCUACCCGCCCUGCCCCAACCCCAGCUUCGUGGCCCACCUGGGCGGGGUGGCGGUGGGGGUCACGCUGGGGGUGGUGGUCCUCAGGAACUACGAGCAGAGGCUCCAGGAGCAGUCGCUCUGGUGGAUCUUCGUCUUAGUCUACAUCAUCUUCAUUCUGUUCGCCAUCUUCUGGAACAUCUUCGCCUACAGCCUGCUGGAGCUCCGUCUGCCUCCCCUUCCCUGAGGACCCAGGCUGCCGUCGGAGCGUCAGGUCAAGCAUUGGCACGCACCCGAGUGGGCAAAGUGUGGCAUAGCUAAGCCCGCCUGUACCUGCUUGGGGAAGGGCCAGGUAGUGGGUACUUUUUCUAACACAGAAGGUGUCUUUGCCUAAACUAAACAGAACAAAGAUGUGCCCGUGUGCAUCUUGACUUUAUGUACAGUUUGUACAGCCUGUUUACACAUUAAACAUUACUGGAUUCUAAAGUACUGCCAAAAAAAAAAAAAAAAAUCACUGACCAGAUCCAUGCUGAAGUAGGUUGUUCAGAUAUCCACCACGCUCUACCUUUGUGCUGAGGGGGACGUUUUGGCACCUCCUUUUGGAGUGUAGGGGGAUUACAGGGGAAUUAAAUUUGUACAUAUACAGUAUCAUGGAAAACAAAGUUACUGAACUCAGUUUAAUACAAUGUAGAGUGUUGUCCCCUAAUGACAGGAAUGCAUAGUGCAAUUCUGCAAAUCAACGAAAUUCUCACCUCAAACCCAGCCCUUAGUUGCUUAUCAUAUCUCAGUGUGCAGAAUUGGUCUCAUCAGUCCCUAUGCACAGUGGCCAAGGGAUGGAAGUGCAAGAUGCAUGGUAAUGAAAAGUGCUGUAUGAUUUUAAAACUACAAGAGUGGUAUCUGUCUUAUUUCCUUGGAUGAGCUUCAUAUAAACUCCAGAGCCAGUGUUGUUAUCACAUGGUAACCUGUGUCAGAACUAGGGAUUCGUUUUUAUCACAGCACCAGAGCCUCUUGAUGGAAUGACAGUCUUAUUAGGUACAGCGGGGUGCAAUGUAUUCCUUAUAUAAUAUCAUUUUAUAACAAAGUGUAUUGAAUGUAGGUGAUAUGAAAUCAGAAUUGUGCUGAAUGCCUAUCUCUCUGAUCAGCCCUUCUGUCAGUUUUCCAUAGUAAAUGUGCUUGAUCAUCUUGCGCUUGAUGCUUUUCCACGCACACUGCAUUGCAUUUGAUGCUGAUUUUAAUGAUUUAAUAAUUGCUUUUUGCAGCUUUGCCAUACGCCUCUUUGAUCUUCUGUGCUUGCCUGUGCUGUACCGUGCAUUUAGGUUUCCACUGUGGUAUAGCACAGUAAACUGUUAUAAGGGGGGCCCUCGUGGGUUGAAUACGAGAUGCAGUUAUCUUAACCCUCGAAGAGUGUAAGUGAAGGAGCUUGUCCUUUUUUUAUUGCUCGCACCUCUUGUUUGAGCAUGGGAGGGACCGUUAUUUAAGUGGUAGUUGUAUUCAGUAGAUACUGCUGUUUUAUAAAGAGUGCGGUUUUCAUUUUCCUGUAUUGAAAUUUAUCCACGCUGCUGCCCAGCUAAUGUGCCUCCUAACAGUUUAAAUCACGCUCCUAUUUAAACGGUUUGUUAUUUAACAGAUACUGUUACCUUUGACUCCCCUGUCUGUUCUUGCAAUAUACUAAUCCCUACCAAAUCUUAUAGCACAGCAAAUAUCCAUUAAAGUACAUCAGGUACGCUUAAUCAAAUGUACAAUAGUACACUACUGUGCUGGAAAAUAAGCUCAGUAAUAAAAUGAGGCGCGCUUUCUGAAGCUGCGGUCUGAUUUUCAUUACUGCAGGUAAUGGUUGCAUUUGAUCUUCAGUCCUGCGCAGUGCACCUCUGUCAGUGGAUCUACCGCAUUCAGUAAAAGCCGGCAGCAGCAGACAGAGCGUUAGUGUGUCACACAUGUGUCCUCUUUUUAAUGGCAAUCCGAGACUUUAACCUUGGUGUGCAUGGUGAAGCUUCACAGUAAUCAGACCUGGCUACUGGGAGAUGAUCUCACGGUCUGGUGUAGAGAGAGCUCGGAAAUGAUUGAUUACACUGUCUUUGCGUGGAGACUGAGAACAUGUCUUCAAUACAAUCUUAUUCUUACUGAAUUUCUAACUGUGCGGUUGAAAUGAGCGCUUGAGGGAGGGUUGUGUUAUUGGAUGGGGGAGAGGGCAUGACUCAGAAAGAUACCGGAUAGCCUUAUUCUGUCAAAUUUUUAUUUAUUUAUUUUUUUAAAUAACUGUUUGUAUGGGCAUCAGAAUUAGAUUAUAACGCAUCUUCCUUAGAAAUGUUAACUUAUUGUAAUGUCAUUGUACAUGUAUCAAAACUAUUUUGUACAGCCUUAAAAGAUUAAAAAACAAACAUAUAAAUAAUUAUAAUAUUAUUUGAAACGGUCUAUCCAGAAAAAAAGGGCUAUGGCACAUCAGCAAACACUGGUCCGGGUUUGGUACGUGUGUUUUUUAUAUUGUGUAUAUUUUGUAGAUUUGAUAUGUAAAUAAUGAGUUCAAUUAAACCUUGUUUUAAAACAAAAUCCGGUCAUUUACUGAUUUAUGUGUAUAGGGGUAAAUUGAUACUUGGCCACAGAGAUAGAGUAACAGUCAUAGCUGUGCCAUUAACUUAGUUUGAGUCCUGGUUAGGGUUCGGGUUAGUUGAUAUCUGAUAGGGGAUGUUUAGUAAACUCCAAUGCCUUUUACACUAUCUGAAUAAUGCAUUGGAAUCGCAUCACUGCCUUUCAUGGUUGUGGGUAGGCAUGAUAUAGCUAGUAUGAAUGGGGUAUUAGCAUUUGGUCACUACUAAUAUUUGUGGUGUAAUUGAUUGCUUAUGAGCGCAUUGUGAUUCUGAACUGAAAUGAAAGCAAGCCGCUGGCUUUGCUGCACACUGCAAGGAGCUGAAUUUGAUCUAAUCCCCUGCGUUCCUGAUCUGCUGAUACAGCGUGCCUCAGUGGUCAAGGUUUAUCAUGUUAGCUUUCAAUAACAAAUCAAAUCUGUAACAUAUUAAAAAUUGAAUUU